AUGCUUGCACGCAUCGCUCCUGCUCUCGCUCGCACAUCCGCGUCAAGGUUCGCACCUGCGGCUGUACGUCACUACUCGGUGAGUCUGCAGCGAGAUGUCAAGGCGAAUAUAGAGUUGCGAAAGAGUGGGGUCAAGGGUAUAUGGGGAGCAGGGCAAGGUUCAGCCAUCGCAAUACGUCGCUUUCGCGCGCUGAAUCACAGGAUGAGAUGUAUGCUGAUCCCACCUAUGCUCUUCCGGACGCGCCCCUGUUUUGCAGGCUCCUACGCAAUCCGAGCAAGCGGCCAAGGCGCAUCACAACAAGGAUGACCCCGACACUCUGGCAGCCAAGACCACAAAGGAUUCUCACGCCCACAACCGCCCGGACAAGCUGAACGACCACCCUAACGAUGUGCCCACUCACAGCGAGGAGAGUGCUCACGCUCACAAAGACUCUAGAAGCCCGGAAGAGCUCGCUCAUGAGACCUCCAAGCGCGCUCAGGGCAAACACUAG